AUGAAAGCUGAGAAUUCGAAUAUCACCAAGAGACAUCUUUACCCAGGAAUUCGUGAGCUUAUACGCUUGUGUGGAAUCAGACGAGCUCCAGGCAACCGCGAGCUAACGUCCGAACUUGGCAAACAAUGGAGAGAGGCGAUAAAAGAAGAUCUUAAGGAGAGAAGAGCAGCAGCUAUGGUCGAAGCUGCAAAUGCUGGGAAAAGCGUUCGCAAUGCCCAUCGAAGCUUCCCAUCACAAGAUCAAGAUUAUUCCACUCCAACGCCGAGAUCGAACAGUUAA